GACUUCGCACUAGGUAAAGCAAUCGAAUGGUUCUGUUGACCUAUCUAAUAAAUGUUCCAAUUGAAACGUGUGAACGAUCAAGAAAUCGAGAAGCCACGUGAAGUUGAAUCUACUUUUGUUGUUGUGAAGCAACAGUCUGAAGCAUGGCAGAGAGGCAGUCCAUAAAGCGAGAUCGUUCUGAGGAAGACGGGGCGUCAGAAGCAGAGGCUAAGUCGGGGCAGAGUGGUGGAAACCCGGCAAGCAAACGAGUCAGAGUUACAGAGGAUCCGGAGCGCAAAGGAUCACCUGUAGCUGACUCAACAACCACUAGCGUCCUUGAUGAUGAGGUGGUUCUCAGAGAAGAAUCGGUAGCUGGAGAUGGCCAAGCAUCUUCUCUGCACACGAAUAAGUCUGAGCCUGACGAACAUGUACAAGAAGGGGAAGAUCAUCCAAGUAGCACCAGUGGGAAUCAGGCACAUGCAUCAAACAAGAUCUGGACUGGCACCGGUUGCAGUGUAGGAGAUUCUAUGUCUGCUGAGAACUGCCAUCCGAUGAUCCAAAGCUACGGACAUUGUGAGACUUCUGAGGCUGUGGCUAGAUUACCAGUUGAGGGAGACCAAAGUGGUGGACCAUGUUUAGGAUCCAGCAAGAGUACAGCUGAAUAUGGUACAGAGAGACCCAUGGAGGUUGCAGGUAGUAGCAGGCUCAUCGAUGCUCAGAGUGAUGCACAAGCUCCUGUCUCCUCUAGGGAUAGCAUGAGCCCAGUCGUCAGGGAUCCAGGACCUGAAGGAACCUCACAACCUCUCCAGGAAGUCUCUUGUGAAGGGGACUCUGCUGAAACUGUGGAUGGACAAGGGGAUGCUGAUAAUGUCCAGGCAGACACUGCCACUGAGAAAGAACCACUGAAGGGUCUGCGGGAGACUGAUGUGGGCAUUGUGGAAUACAUCAGCAAGCACAAAGGCUUCCAUGGGGUCAUCAAGCAUAGGUAUCAGGACUUUCUUGUGAAUGAAGUGAACCAGGAAGGCCAAAUAGUACAUCUGACAGACAUGUCAUGCCCAGAUCCUAAAGUAAAAAUUCCCAUCAAUGCAGAUGAAGUUCUAUCGGCUCAUGAUCAGCAAAGAUUACGGGAAUUAGUAGAAACAACUGACAAGAAGGCCUCCCACUGCAUAGAGCUGUCUGGUUUACAGGUUCAAGAUUAUGACAAGGAAAAGCGGCGGAAAGUCCAUGAGCUCAUCAGGCAGGACUAUGAGACUCUAGAGAGCUGCACGCUGGAUGGCAAUGGCAAAAAGGUCAUCAAGGUCACCAAGAUCACUCGUGGAGGAAGGAAGCAGCGAAGCAACUGGGACAAAAGUCGUCCAAACUACUGCCGUUUUGUCAUGCACAAGGAGAACAUGGAAGUGAACGAUUCACUAACGCUCAUCAGCAAAUACUCACAUGUCAAGCACCAGUCCUUCGGCUUUUCGGGAACCAAAGACAAGAGAGCAGUCACGGUGCAAGAGGUCACUGUUUGGAGGGUUGAGGCUGAGAGGCUGUGCCGGCUGAACAGUGUCUUACGGGGCAUCCGGUUGGGCAACUUCAGAUAUGUGAAGGAACCGUUGACCCUGGGUGAUCAUUCAGGCAACCAUUUUGUGAUUGUUUUACGAGAUGUUAAUGUGUCUCAAGAGGAGAUUGACCAAGCACUCACUUCCAUGCGGGACGUGGGUUUCAUCAACUACUAUGGCAUGCAACGCUUCGGCAACUCCCAAGUGGCCACACAUUUGGUUGGAAGGGCUGUUCUCCUGAGCAAGUGGCAGGAGGCUGUGGAUCUGAUACUGAAACCGAGAGAAGGAAACACCCAAGACAACAGGUGGCGGCAGCUGUGGAUGGACACGAGAGAUGCCAAGGCCGUGAUGGACAUCCUGCCCAAGCACAAGACCAUCUCCAUCGAGAUGCAGCUCCUGAAGGCGCUCAAGGAGUCCAGCAACAACUACCGCCAGAGCUUGCUAUGUAUUCCCCGCAAUGUCAGGUUGCUGUAUGUUCACAGCUACCAGAGCUAUGUAUGGAAUGUGCUGACUACGCGCCGCAUACAGAAAUAUGGGUUGAAGGUCAUUCCAGGAGACCUGGUCCUGUCAAAGGAAGACAAAUCAGUUGAUGAGAGUGAGCACUUGCAGUCAGCAGUAGUCGACGGCGGUAACUUGGAUAGCUACUCCAUCCAUGACAUUGUGCUCCCGUUACCUGGUUACGCCGUGAACUAUCCGCAGAAUGAAGUGGGCGACUGGUACCAGGAGCUGCUGCACAGCGACGGCCUUGACAUUAAGAAAAUGAGACAUCAAAUCAAGGACUUCUCAUUAUCUGGAACAUACAGGAAGAUGCUGGUCAAGCCAGCCAAUGUUUCCUGGUCAGUCGUACCAUACAGCGAUGCCACCAUCCCAUUAGUGCAGUCAGACUUGGACAGACUGGAAGGCAAAGAACCACGAGCAGUUGAAUCAGAUGGCAAACUCAGCGCCCUGAGACUAGAGUUCACCUUGUCCAGCUCCUGUUAUGCGACCAUGGCAAUCAGAGAGGUCCUUAAAAUUGACACCUCGGCGGCUCACCAGUCCACUCUGAAUCCUGUCCAACAGACAGAACCGAGCAACACCUCCGUUGAUAUGGCAGAGGCUGAUGUGUGAUGACAAAAAUAUUUAGUUUAAGAAUCUAUGCAUGGAAUGAUAGAAGAUGCAUUAAAAAGGGUAACCCAAACAUACACAAUGUAUCUAUUUAGCAUGACAAAUCGUCAAUGACACCACGAAGUAACACUCAAGUGGACUUGAGUUUGCACCACGAGUGGGUAUUUUACAAAAACGAGUGAUAUUUGUUUUUACGAACUGUGCGCUGAAUCGGUAUUUUUCAUUUUCAGGAAAUAACACUCGUCUUUAUUUCACCAGUUAGAAGGUUUUUUAUUUAAAAAUUGUCUGCAGUUCUACAAGAAUGCGGAUUAAUUACAUUCCUGUCAAACGUUUUAAAAUGUUUUUAUUCAAAUAGUUUUUCUGUAAAAGUGUUGUAACUUUGAAAACGAAAUCCGUUGGCGCUAGUGUCCGAUGUGCGUGCACGCACACAUGAGUGUUACUUCGUGAAACUAAAACUUGCCAUUUAGCCGUUUUCACGAAGUAGCACAUCUGUAUACGUUGGUAUUUCUCCGUGGUGUCGGUAUGAUUGCUCUUAUAACUCUUUGGUGCUCGGGUAAGGUAUCAAUGGAAAGCUGUAGUAGACCGACCUUUCUGAUGCAAUCACAUUUAAGGUACUCCAGUUUAUAACUUAAACAUGCUAGCAAGUUAUCUUUCGAUUACUUUGUAGUACCCUUUGCAUAUCCAUUCAAUGUCAUUUGCUUUGCCAACUCAUUGCUAGGAUUUGGAUGUUUUCGUCAUUUGCUGCAGAGUUUGCUAAAAUACACCUUUUUUUCAUUGGACUUAUGUUUAUUUAAGCAUGUCCAUCUAUCUCAAGAUUAUAUACAAGCCUUUUUGUAAAAACUAGAAGCGCUGGCAGAGACAUCAUUGCCUCAAAAAAUAGACUCAAUAAAGCUAUUAUAAAGUAUGAUCUUUAGUGUUGCAAGUGACCCCUUAGGUUCAGGUCGGGUUUUUGGUUCGGGUUUGGUUCGGGUUUGGUUCGACAGCAAGUAAUAAGAAGAGAGGGAGCAUACCUGUUAUCGUCUUCAUACAUAAGACUACCGUUUUAUGAGCCUUUUGUGUGCCCCAGUCCCAUGCCAGAAUUGAUGGUAAUUGAGAACGCGCAUGAGGCAUUGCCGAACCGUUUUUUCCCCAAGUUGACGCGACGUCAGCUGCAAGUGUUUGGCCUCCAGUGCAAAAUUGUGCUUAGACUGGUUUCCACCAAAUAUGUUGAUAACCUUUUUUGAGCGGAAUUAACUUUUAUGCGAUUUGGCAUUAUAUUGUUUUUAAAUUGAAUACGUGGAAUGCUGUAUGUUAAAGUGAUAUUCAUUUAAUGGAAACAUUGUGCCACUGAUACCAGAUUCGGGGUGAAAAUCAUAAACGUUUAAAGAACUUGUUAUUUCUAAGUGGUUUCAAUUUAAUAAACAUCAAUAUCCAUACAUUCCUUGAAA